CUGCGUCAUCUUGGGUGGCGCUGCACUGGUGAGUGGUGUGCAUCAUGGUGGUCAUGGCUGCUCGCCGAGCUCUACACUUCGUCUUCAAAGUGGGAAACCGCUUCCAGACCGCACGUUUCUACCGUGAUAUCCUGGGAAUGAAGAUUCUACGGCAUGAGGAAUUUGAAGAAGGCUGCAAAGCUGCCUGUAAUGGACCUUAUGAUGGGAAGUGGAGUAAAACAAUGGUGGGAUUUGGACCUGAGGAUGAUCAUUUUGUUGCAGAACUGACUUAUAAUUAUGGCAUUGGAGAGUACAAGCUUGGCAAUGACUUCAUGGGUAUCACGCUCGCUUCUAGCCAGGCUGUCAGCAAUGCCAGAAAGCAGGAGUGGCCACUCAGUGAAGUUGCAGAAGGUGUUUUUGAAACUGAGGCCCCAGGAGGAUAUAAGUUCUAUUUACAGAACUGCAGUUCACCUCAGUCAGAUCCUGUAUUAAAAGUAACUCUAGCAGUGUCUGAUCUUCAGAAGUCCUUGAACUACUGGUCUAAUCUACUGGGAAUGAAAAUUUAUGAAAAAGAUGAAGAGAAGCAAAGGGCUUUGCUGGGCUAUGCUGAUAACCAAUGUAAACUGGAGCUACAGGGCAUCAAGAGUGCAGUUGACCAUGCAGCAGCUUUUGGAAGAAUUGCUUUUUCUUGCCCCCAAAAAGAGUUGCCAGACUUAGAAGACUUGAUGAAAAGGGAGAACCAGAAGAUUCUGACUCCCCUGGUGAGUCUGGAUACCCCAGGAAAAGCAACAGUCCAAGUAGUCAUUCUGGCUGACCCUGAUGGACAUGAAAUUUGCUUUGUGGGAGAUGAAGCAUUUCGAGAACUUUCUAAGAUGGAUCCAGAGGGAAGCAAAUUGCUAGAUGACGCAAUGGCGGCAGAUAAAAGCGACGAGUGGUUUGCUAAACACAAUAAACUAAAGGCUUCGGGUUAACUGAAGACAAUGACAUGUGGGACAAGUAUUUGGGAUUCCUGUUUAGCCCCUGUGAGACCUGAUAUGUCCAUUCAUGUUAUAUACUCUCACACUCGGUUGUUUCCUAUAUAGACAAGGAUGUUGGAGUGAUGAAGAUUUAUGUAUUUUAAUUAUUGAAAGCUCUGAUAUAUUUUAAAGUAGUAACAAAUUAUUUUCCAGCCUGGGGCCAGAUGGACAUUACCUUUGGUUGGGGACGAGGGAAUUUUGAUAAGCAUGUAGACUCUUUUAGAGAUGUUCAAAUAAACCCAAAUCAGUUGCCUGAUGGGAUAUGCUGAUGGUAAUAUGGAAUACCUGAUGGUAAUAUGCUGUUCUAAUAUCUUACUCUGAUAGAUCUUGACAUUUAAAAUUUUUUAAGUAACUUUUGGUUUUAAACCAAAAGAUUCAGUAAACCCCACAUUCCUUGAUUUAAAAUGUGUAGCCAGAGAAAACAGACAAAAGGCUCUGUGUUACAGAAACAACUAGUUUUAUAUUUUUAAUCUUCACAAGAAGAGAUUGUUAGAUUUCUUAAAAAUGAAUUAGAGGGCCUCCCCGGUGGCGCAGCAGUUGAGCACUGGGUUGCGAAACUGCCCGCAGCCUCUGCACCACCAGUUCAAUCCCCGGCCACCGUGUGAGGGUCCCACAUGGCGCGCAGACCUCUCCUGCCACCCGCUGCUCCCCUCAGCAGUGUACUUCGUGAGUCUGCCUGCUCUGCUCUUUGUUCUGACUCUGGUGAACUCUCUCACCCUCCCGCGCUUCUGACUGUACCCAGUGCUUAUAUAAAUAAAUAAAUCUUUAAAAAAAAAAGAAUUAGAAAGAAAGGAAACAUUCCAAUCUGAGAGGAAAAGUAUUUUUUAAUGUUUUCUUUUAGUUUUCUAUUUGGUUCUAGAGAACAAAUACAUUUUAAUCUACUGGAAACAGAAUUAAGUGUAUCCCGUAAUAAUUUUUUGAAUUCAGGCUGUUUUACCAGUAUGUAAGAGUCAUUAUUUAAAGUGGUGACCAAGUUCACAUUUUAGGGAAGAAACUAAUAUUAGAAAGGAUUAACUCAGGAUACCAAUUUUGGAAUAACAUCUAUAAAAUUACUUGUAAAUCAGAGUCUGCUAUUCUCUUUUGCUGACGGGGUAGCAUAGGAAAUUUCAUGAUGCGUUUCAGCUCAUCUUAAAGGUGAGCUUACCUUCAGUGAGAGGAAAAAUUCUUGUCAACUCUAUAGCACUUUCAUUCACUUUAAAUUUGUCAAAGGAAGCAAUCAUAUUGCAGAGCAAUCAUAUUGCAAAGUUACGUAUGUUCCUCUUCUGCACGUGGGAAAAUUUUAUGAAUUUUGAACAAUCAAUCUUCUUUGUGUCUCUUUAGACUGUUAAUUCUCAUAUCUUCUAUUAGAUUAAGUCAUUGUGGGGGCUUAGCUAGGGUAGAGCAUUUUGACUGUAGAUUAUUAAGUAAUUCUUGAUUUUUAUCUAUAAUAGUGUUCUAGUGAAAAGAAACUACUUUUCCCAGUGUAUUCGGUUGCUACUAUGUGGCCUUCUAAGUUUGUUACACUAAAAUAGUUUAUAUGUAAGUACUAAAUGACUUUCAUACUAGAUUCCUUUUAAUCUACUUGUAACAUGCCAGAAUUUUUUCCUCUGAAAUGUAUGCUUGAUGGAAGUUAAUGCUGUUUCUCUACCUGGGGCCCAUUUUGGUCCAUGAUAUCAGCUCCCUUUUAUUUAUCUCAUUGCCUUUCGGGUUUUUUUGUUGUUGUUGUUGCAAUGUUUAUUAUUUCAUGCUGAAACCAUUUGGUUUCACCCAUUUAACAUUUUAUUAAGAAACCCAGAAUUUUGGCCUCCCUGGUGAUGCAAGGGGUUAAGAUGCAACCUAUGACGCUAUCCACAGCCACUAGAGCAUGAGUUUGAUCCCCGCCAGCCAGGGAGCAAUCCACAUGGCGCAGCAGACCACUGCUGUCUCACCAGCUGCUCCCCUCAGCAGUGUGUUUCAGUCAGUCUGCCUGUUCUGUUCCCCACUCUGUCUCUGGUGAAUCCUACCCCCCCCCCCCGCAUCUCUGGCCUGUACCCCAGCUCUUGUAUGCAUCAAUAAAUCUUUAAAAAAAAAAGAGAGAAUAUUAUCUUCUCAUAGAAUUGAGAGGAUAACCAGGGACAAUAUGUAUAAAAAGGAAAUCAAAUGUCUGGUGUACCCAGUAAGUGAUAACAUACAUGCAUGUAAUUAUAAUACAUAUAAUAUAUACAAUAUGUGCACAUUACAUAUUUAUAUAUAUCCUACGGUUGCUUUUUUCACUGCUAAUUGUGCUACAUUUUUACUUUAUGAGGUUUAUAAUUUACAGACUGGUAUGACUAUACCUACAGCUUCUAAGUAAAACUAUAGGUAUUUUUACUGUUAACAGUAUUUUUAGUGUUAAUUCGCAUUUAAUGUGAAUCAUGGUCCUAAAAACAUCAGAUGUGUUCAUGAUCGCCAAACAAAAGAGCACAGCUGUUGUACAGUGUAACUCUUGCCUGGUUUAUAAUUCUAAGGAAUCAUUCUUUAGUCACUGUGGUGUCUUGGGUAUUCUUCAUUCUUAAAUAAUGUACUUAGUCUAUAGCAACUUCCUAUGAUUAUGUGAACAGAAGAUGUUGAGAGACACCUGGUGAGACUUAGUUACCUUUGUCCUCUGAAGUCUACAGUUGCUUCUGUUUAAUAAUCUUUCACAAACUAGAGCUGACCUGCUGCCAUAAUCUAUAAAAAUAUUUGAGGAAAAAGUACUAGGAAAUUCUUGCCACAGCAGAUUUAUUUUAGCACUCCAUCCCAGCACACCACUGUGCGGCAAGGCCUCCAUGAUGAUUGAUACUACAGAAAAGCUAAACUCAGGCACUUUGGCCCUCUCAUGGGUCGAGUGAUAAUGUUGUGUUCCUAAAACAAGUCCCAUAUACAUACAUAAUGCAUUUCAUCUCACCAACAUCCAUAAGCAAUGGAAACUGGUAGGGUUCUACUUGGAGAGCACACUCAAGAAAAUUUUGGCUGGGUCUUAGAUGAGUCAGAGAAGGGGAUUUUGAAACCAUGUGUUCAGAGUUUCUCAGCUGCUAUAUUGUGACCUGUCAGUACCUCAUCAGUUACUUCAUGGAAAGUUUGACCUCCCUGAAUUCAUUAGACCUGUUUUCCAGUAGGGGCUGUUGGUAGUAGGACUUGGUUUUAGCUUAUUGGAGGAAAGAUAAAUCCCUUUUCCCUCUGUCAUGUUGGGCUUUACUAGUGUAAUAAUCCACACUCCCUAAAGAAAUAAGGGUCCUUGGCCUCUUCUAUCUCUCCCUCUCUCCAGAGGCUGAGCAUCUGGAAACUACCCUCACUGAUGCCAAAUCUUAAGAGUCUUAGAGUGAUUCUUCCCCAUCACCUGCCAAAUGUCUACACAGGCCCUGGGAAUUGGAAGUCUGGGAACUCAGAACCAUAAAGUCAGUUUCCAUGAAUUAUCCCUAAUGGAGCGAUGCUUUUUAUACAUUUGGACACCCCCCAGGGCUCAUUUAUUGUCAGUUUAAAGAUCUUCCAAUGGCAAUCAACCAGUCUCAUGUUGCAAGUGAUUUAUUGGUGUCCCAGCUAUGGUUGCUAUGGUUUCAGUUAUCAAGGUCUUUCAAGAAGCCCUUUUGCCUACCAGAGAAGCCAUGCUACCUCAUUCUGUUUAACAAUUCAAUCUGUCCUCUUUAGCCAGUUUCCUUUUUCUUCAGUUCUUCCACUUUGGCAACAUAGAUCCUCAUGGCAUCCAGUUUGGACAUCCCUUUGUUCACAUUCCACGCCUCCCACUUGGCCUUGGCUUUCACAUCUGUGGCAGGUGGGGCAGGGAUGUGGCAGUCACCUUGGGUGGCCUGUUUGUAGAAGCUGUAAACCAACAGUUUCUCCUGAUCACUCACAGGUCCUUUCAACUGCUUGACUGCAGCGCAGGCCAACUCAAACUCCACUUGGCCCAUUGGGGUAACUGAGGCUGGCCUCCUGUGUCCUUUCUAGGUGGUAUCUGGUGCCAGAAACCAGAGGAUGGAGAGUUAGAAAUACUUGAGGCAGGUGAUUUCAGCCUGGGAAGAAGGGAAUGGGAGAAAAGGAGAUGAGGUAAUGUGUGGGAAAGAACCAGAGUAUUUAUGUGUUUUUUUUCUCAGCGAG